AUGGAAAACACCAGUAUCACUUCUACCAUCGUCUUAAAUAGCCAAGAGAAGGAACCACAUGCAGAAGAAGAUUCCACAAUGGAUAAACCUAAUUGGUCAUCACUCCCACUGGACAUCGUAACACUGAUUAGCGAAGAACUUCCCUUACCACAUCGCAUCUGUUUUCAUGCCACAUGCAAUGCUUGGUAUUUUGCAACCUUGCUCAAGCCCAUCCCAUCCCCAUUGCUCCUUGUACGCAACGAUGAAAGUGAGCAUAAUGAUUCAUGCCUGUUUGUAUCUCCCAUUACCGAGUUUUUUUUUAUCUACUUCCCUAUCAACGAGCUCCAUGGCACACGUUGUGUCGGUUCUAAUGCUGGUUGGCUCGCGAUCUUAGAUGAACAACUACAUGUUAGCCUCUUAAAUCUCUUGACGAAGACUCGAAUCUACCUCCCCUCAUUUAUUACUUUGCCUCUUUAUAAUCCCCCUUAUGAAAGUAAGUUUUUUACGACGGACUUCAAUGAUCUAUUAGCUUAUGCUCAUAAUAAUUACAGCCUCAAAAUUUUUCGUGAUUUCAUCGUUAAGAAGGUAGUCUUCUCCUCAAAACCUACUAUCCAUAGCUACAUUGUGAUGAUUCUCUAUGGAAAAUAUCCUGAAAUUGCCUACACAAAGGCGGGCAAUGAUAAGUGGAUUUUUCUUGGGACGCCAUCAACAAUGGAAUGCUAUUACGAGGAUAUCAUGUAUCAUCAUGAUGGCAAAUUUUAUAGCAUAACAAGUCAAUCUGAGGUUCAAGCAUUUGACUUAAGUGGAGAUUAUCCUAUCACGAUGCUACUCGUCGAGAGAUUAGCACGUAGUAUUGAAUACCUUGAUAACAUAUCCGGUUCCACCAUCAAUGAUCUAUACAACAAAUACUUGGCAUGCUCGAGCACAGGAGAGAUGUUCCUUUUUCUAUGGCAUAGAGACCAGACACAUUACCCGAACAAUGGGGCACUGCCUAGACCAAAGGAUUUCAUGCUCAUGAAGGUUAAGCCAGAGAAAAGUCAUUGUUGGGCUACCACGAAGGAUAUGGGGAACAUGUGUUUAUUCAUUGGUAGCAACAAUCCCAUUUUGAUACCUAGUAAGGAUUUAGAAGGAUUAAAAGGAGACCAUAUCUUCUCUAUCGAAACCUUCCCGAAUGAAGAGGUUGACGGAUACACUCGUAAUUUUGGAUACUUCGAUUUGAAGGAAGAAAGGUGGAAGAGCUUCAGUGAAUCAUCACAGUCUCCACUAUACCUGAGACCACCCAUCUGGUUUACACUCUCAUUGCAUUGA